UUGCUUAGUUAAUUACAGAAACAUGGGACCUGAAGUUGUUUUGUUUCUUAUUUCCUUACUCUGGUGCAAUACGAUUUCAUCCCCUGUUCCGAAAGAGGACGCGGAUUCAUCUAUAUUUCUUAUCGACAUAAAACUUAACGAAAAUUCAACUGAUUUUGUCAUCGACGUCCUGGACAAAAAAAUUGACCAAUCUGUAGUCACUUCGGAAGACAUAAUUUCAUUGUUCAAACUUAACCAACUGACAUACUCGGAGAUUCAGAAUACACCAAUUACCAUGUAUGAUAUAUUAAAGUCCUUUGAUAGAAUGUUAAUAUCUUUAAAUAUAAGAUUUAAUAAUUUUAUCGAAGACGCUGGUAAAACUAUAUCUUUAACUCCCGGGGAUGUAGUUGAAGCUCUCGAAGUUUUUAACGUAUCAAGCAAAUUGACCAAGCACAUAUUAAACAAUAAUCAUGAAGAAGGAUUCCGAACUUUGAAUGAAGGGGUGUAUAACGACAAGAAUUUUCAAACAUUUUGUGACAACAUCAAGUCAACAAAGGACAGUGUCUUUGAAAACCUUCGCAAUGUGUAUUUGAACUUGUUUAAAAAUAUUAUCGAUAUGCAGCCAAUAAUCAGUACCUGGAAAAUGUCAUUUAAGCAACUAUCAACACUCCACCCCGUCACCAUCGCUGAUGUCAACAACGUACCCAAUACCAAAAAGAUUUUGGACAAUCUGGAAGAUCAGAUUAAACCAUUCAAAAGCUCCAACGCCAUAGCAAUUACCACAGACACCAUGACCAUCAACAAAAACUCGUACGAGAGUUGGAAAAACAUAACGUCAUACAUUGACAUCAAUUUAUCAAAUGCCGAAGAUAGUAUAACAAACUUUUCAUUCGAAACGGUCGACAAGAAUUAUGUGGCCGUUAUUGUUUCUAAAAAUAUUUCGAAACCACGUCCUUUAGGACAAUCAUUUAACGAGACCAAUAACUGCACCUACACAUAUAUUACACCUGAUCCAUUUAAAGUUACUAGCGUAGAAGUAGAAGAUGCUUCCUUAUCCGGCAGUCGUAUCACUUCUGAUGUCCCCGAUGACACACCCUUGGUAAUCGGAGGUGCACUGAUUUGCGAGGGAAAACUUUUUGGAAUAGCCAGGGAAAAAGUGAACACAACUUUAAUAUUUGAUGCUGUAUACGAUGGUGCCGUUAUUGAUAACGGCGACCAGGAUGAUACGGGAAGUGCAAGUAUUAAUUGUGUUAGUUUAUUCGUCGUAUUAAUUAGCAUGCUUUUAACUUAUAUGUUUAAUUAAAUUAUCUAUAUUGAUUCUUGUAAAAUAUGUAUGUAUAUUUUAAAAAGACAUUAUUUUAAUUUUGUAAUUAGAAAAUCUGUUACAUUUUUUAUUAAAUUUAAGCAAACAAGAAUUUCAUUAUCAUAUGUACAUAUUGGUUUAGUGAUAUUGUUCAUUGCGUAAAAUCUGGAAAAUGCCAAUUAAAAAUGUUAAUUAUAUAACUACUACAAGGUAUAUUUAUUGUUAUCGUCAAAAAGUUUGUUUUCAAAUUGUGAGUUUAUUCUAUUUGUUAAUGAUUAUAGAAAUUCACUAGAAUAAAGUUUAUUUAAUGUG